UAGCAGUGGAGUCACCAUUAACAGCUGAACGUUACGACAUAGCAUUUUAACCCAAGAUGAAGAUUUUUUUGUGCUUAUUUGCAAUCUUUGUGGUCAUUAGGGCACACCAUCCAACGGUGUCAUCUAGUAGCAGUGCGCCAGCUUCAUUUUGGGAUGACGCAGAUGCGAAAGUUGAACGUGAAACGUGUGAUUAUAAUAAAAAAAUUACAUUCGAUAUGGCAAAAUCUGGCAAUACACCUCGUCGGGUACGUGUAUAUGCCGAUGGUAUUUACGACCUUUUCCAUCAAGGACACGCAAAUCAACUCAUGCAGGCAAAAAAUCUCUUUCCAAACGUUUAUUUGAUUGUCGGAAUCUGCAACGAUACUUUGACUCACAGUCGAAAGGGCCGCACCGUAAUGAAUCAAAAAGAGCGAUAUGAAGGAGUGCGACAUUGUCGAUAUGUCGAUGAGAUUGUAACAGACGCUCCAUGGGAAUUGACCGAUGACUUUUUGACAUUGCAUAAAAUCGAUUUUGUUGCACAUGACGAAAUUCCGUAUACAAGUGGUAAUCAAAACGAUAUUUAUGCUAAAGUCAAAGAACGCGGGAUGUUUGCCGCUACUCAACGCACCGAAGGUGUAUCUACCUCUGAUAUAAUAACUCGAAUUGUAAAGGAUUACGAUAUAUAUGUACGCCGAAAUUUGGCACGAGGUUAUAGCGCCAAGGAAUUGAAUGUCGGUUUUUUGAAAGAGAAACAGUGCCAAUUCCAGAAUAAGGUCGAUGAACUUAGGAACAAAGGAAUGCGCGUUAUGAAUGAUGUCAAGGGUGAUUGUAUCACAAAAUGGGAAGAAAAGUCACGCAAUGCCAUCGAAACGUUUGUCUCAUUAUUUGGACGUGAUAACCUCAAUACAAUAACAAAUAUUUUGGAUAAAUCAAAAACACGACUAAUGCGAACUAUCAGCCCCGAACAUAAUCCAGGCACUUCUUCAAGCGGAAUUUCGGUUGCAUCGUAAUUAUCCUCACCAAGAAAAAUGUCUAUUAAAAUUCUGUCAACACUUUAGUCAAACACAAAUUAAAACAUCUGAAUGAAGCAACAGAACAAGACAUAAAAGAAUUCUUAAAAUUAUUUGUCAAUUGCAUCUCAACAUUUUUAAGAUCAAAAAUUUGACACCCACAUUUUUAAGACGAAUGGUGAAAAAAAAAAGAAACACAAACAAUUGUCUUUAGUUAAAUGAAGUUUAUUAAAUCGUUUUCCAUGUGUUUUUAUAAAAUCCGAA